AUGAGCCGUCGCCGCACCGAGUCCUAUGACAAGCGGUCCAAUUCCGGAUCCAAGCCCACAACCACCUCCUCCACCUCGACCCUCACCGUAACCUCUACUUCCAACUCUGCCUCCACCUCCUCCCCCAACUCUGCCUCCGCCUUCACCUCCCUUGCCUGCGACGCUGGGGCCUCGGUUGGUGUCGAAUCUCAGCGGCAGGAGCACCAGGCAGAGCUCCUAGAGGAGCACCAGGGGAGCUACCAGGAGCAGCACCAGGAGCAGCACCAGGAGCAGCACCAGGAGCAGCACCAAGAGGAGCACCAAGAGGAGCACCAAGAGGAGCACCAAGAGGAGCACCAAGAGGAGCACCAAGAGGAGCACCAAGAGGAGCACCAAGAAAAACGCCCGCCUCGAGAGCAGCAGCAGCAGCAGCAGCAGCAGUACAGGCGGCAUCGGGAGCACCGACAUCGACCGAGCCAUCUCGACGACAUCCCGCUUCAACCCCUCGCAUCCGCCACCGCCGACGGCGAGGCUCAGGAAACGCCCGAGCCGACGACGGCCGCCGCCCCUGCCCGUACACCUCCUUCUCACCAUGCCCACGACGACGGUGCCGAAACCACCGAGGCCGUAGCCGACCUCCCUUUGUUCCUCGAUACCAUGGCCUCCAAAAAGACGCCGUUCCUGCGGCCGGCCGACGGCUUGGAUGGCUCGCCCUACGGCUCCGUCACCCACUCCGUCCCCGCCCGCGUUUCCCCCUCCCCCGAUCGAACGCCCGCCGACAGCGACAGCGAUCUCGACUCGGAUGGACCCCAUCGCUUUCGGCUCCUCCGCGCCGCCUCCCGCAGCCAGCGCAGCCUCAACUCCAAGCGCUCCCUCGUCUCGAGGCCCUCGUCCCGCAUGUCGGAAGAUCUCGACGGUGUCGCCCUCGCCUCUGGCCUCGAGGGACGCUUUGGACUCGCCGACGCCCCCUUUCCAGGCGAGAUGCUUGACCGCGUCCAGGACGGUGACGAGACGACGGAGCGUGACGAUGACUCGGCCCAGUCCGAACCCGAGUUCCCCGACAACUCCCCCCACGAAGCCGUCCGCGCCUCCGUCCCCCCGACCGACAACACGGCACUUUCCAUAAACACCCCGCGCAUGUGGUGUCUCUCCGUCCUCUUCUCCGUCCUCGGAUCUUCGACGAAUCUCUUCUUCUCCUUGCGAUAUCCCAGCGUUGCCAUCACCCCCGUCAUCGCCCUGCUCCUCGUCCAUCCCCUCGGCCACCUGUGGGACUACCUCCUCAAGCGGACCGACGACCCCGACGAGGAAUUCGUCGACGGCCUCCGGACGCCAUCCAUCCGGGAGCGAGACGACCCCCACGAACCCCUCAACUCCCGUCACGCCCGCACCAGGCUCGCCUCCUGCCGCCUCUGGCUGUCACAAGGGAGGUGGAACGAAAAGGAACACACGUGCGUCUACGUGAGCAGCAACGUCGCCUUCGGCUUUGCCUUUGCCACCGACGUCAUCGUCGAGCAGACCAAGUUCUACAACCAAGAGGCCCCCAUUCUCUACCAGCUCCUCUUGACCAUUUCCACCCAGAUCCUCGGCUACGGCUUUGCCGGCAUGGCCCGCCGCUUCUUGGUUCGCCCCAGCGGCAUGAUCUGGCCCGGCACGCUCAUGUCGGCCGCCAUGUUUUCCACUCUCCACACGCAGGACAACAAGCCUGCCAACGGCUGGACCAUCAGCCGCUGGCAGUUCUUCUACAUCGUCUGGGCCGUCGCCUUCGCCUUUUACUUCCUGCCAGGCCUGCUUUUCCCCGCCCUCAGCUACUUCAGCAUCAUCACUUGGUUCGCCCCGCGAAACGUCAUCAUCUCCAACUUGUUUGGCGUCUCCUCCGGCCUCGGUCUCUUCCCCGUGACCUUUGACUGGGCCCAGAUCACCUACGUCGGCUCGCCCCUGCUUGUGCCCUUCUGGGCCGCCAUGAACGUCAUCGGUGGCCUGGCCGUCAUCAUGUGGAUUAUCGCGCCCCUUCUCUACUACUCAAACGUCCUCUACUCCUCGUACAUGCCCAUCCUCUCGUCCGGUGUCUUUGACAACACGGGCCACAUCUACAACGUCACCAAGAUUCUGACGCCCGACUUUCUCUUCGACAGGGAAGCCUACGCCAACUACAGCCGCGUCUUCUUGCCCGUCACCUACAUGCUCAGCUACGGCGUCCAGUUCGCCGGUCUCGCCGCCCUCCUGACUCAUACCCUCUGCUGGCAUGGACCUGACAUUUGGCGCACGUGGAAACGGUCGCUCGAGGAGGCCCGCCAGGAUGGCAAGCCCGUCUACCAACCCGUCAACCCAUCCGUCAACGAGUCACGAGCCGCCUCGGGCAUCUCGGUCGCCAGCGAGGCCUACACGGCCAUGUCGGGAUCCGUUCCCAACUUCGAGAACUUGCUGAGCCGCGAGGACGUCCACUGCCGUCUCAUGAACCGCUACAAGGAUGCCCCGGCCAGUUGGUACCUGCUGACCUUUGUCUCCAUGGCCGCCAUCGGCAUGUUUGUUGUCGAAUACUACCCCGUUCACCUACCGUGGUACGGUCUCCUCCUGGCCCUUGCCAUCGGUGCCGUCUUCUUCAUCCCCAACGGCAUCAUCAUGGCCGUCACAAACCAGCACAGCAGCAUCUACCUCAUCUGCCAGCUCAUCUGCGGCGUUGCCUUCCCCGGCCGACCCAUUGCAAACAUGGCCUUUGUCACCUACGGUUACAUCUCCUCGGCCCAAGGCAUCAAGUUCGCCUCCGAUCUCAAGCUCGGCCACUACAUGAAGAUUCCACCCCGCAUCAUGUUUCUUGUCCAGGUCGUUGCCACGCUCGUCUCGUCCAUCACGCAAAUCGGCGUCCUCAACUGGAUGUUUGCCAACGUCAAGGGCAUCUGUACCACCGACGCCGUGAAUGGCUUCACCUGCCCCAUCGCCCGUGUCCACUUCAACGGCUCUAUCCUUUGGGGCGUCGUCGGCCCUGGCGAGUUCUUCGGCCCGACCGCCAUCUACCGCGCCCUCAUCUGGUGCUUCCCCCUCGGCGCCUUGCUCCCUAUCCCGCUGUGGCUAUACGCCCGCCACCGCCGUAACAGCAUCCUACGUAAAGUCAACCUGCCCGUCAUAUUCGGCGCCAUGAGCUGGAUCCCCCCGGCCACGGGGCUCAACUUUUCUGUCUGGGCCCUCGUCUGUUACCUCUUCAAUUUCCUCAUCAAGCGUCGCGCCAGCGCUUGGUGGAGCAAGUACACCAUGACCCUCAGCGCCGCCCUCGACUCGGGCCUAGCUUUCGGUAUCGUCGUCGUCUUCUUUGGCUUCAUAUACCCCGGCUGGAUGAAAGACUUUCGCUGGUGGGGAACCGAGAUCUACAAGCAGGGCUGCGAUUGGCAAGCUUGUCCGUACAAGACAGUACCCGAAGGUGGGAAGUUCGGGCCGGAUACGUGGUAG